AUGUCUUCAACCCCUUCUAUCAAAGCGCUGCUCUCCAUCGCCGUCCAACUGGCGGAAAGUCUAUCGGAACGAAUACCAAAAUCGGGGUCUCUGCAACGCGACUGCAAACAAACUGCCAUGAACCUACGCACCUGGCGCACGAAUCUCCCGUCCGAGAUGGAAUUUCUACUGAAGCCGACAGGUGAUAAGGGCCUGUACAUGGCCAUAUUAUCGCCGCUGUCCGAAAUUCUCUGCAUUCUGUGCCAACUCAUCUGGACGACCCACGAGCUAGGCAAACCUCCAUCACUCGACACCGUCUCCCGCACCUACGAAGCGGAGCAGAAGAUUAAGAGUGCAUCGCCGUCAAUCAAGAAAUUCAUGGACGACCUUGGCGUAUGGCAAAAGCCGAAAAGGGGUCACGCGCCGCUCGCCGUCCUUUUCGAUCAGACGUCACGGAGUGACAAAGUCUUCACUUUCACGGAAAAGGCGGUGAAUGGACACAUGGGUGCAUGUUCCAACGGGCUGAUGGAACUGACCAAGAGGAUCGAUAGAGCAAGGAAACGGCACGUGGGGCUUAGGUUGCUGGCUGGGAAAGCGGCCUGA